CGGUUAAUUAAGCGCUGAUUGCGCCGCACAGGUGUCACGGGGAUUAUGUUUGCUUGUAAAGUCUUUUGUAUUAAGUUUCUCCGGUCAUUUUAACUAACAGAUUUGUGAUCAUGUGUAAAAAAUAUUUAUUUAUUUUAAUAAUUCUUUCUCUUAAUUGGACUAAGGCUGACCCUGGAAAGGAUCACAAUGCUUCAGCUUCAGCUGAGACAAACUGCGUCUUUGGCAAGGGAUGUUAUGACCAGGCUGGCAUACGCUCCUUCAUCCCAGAGCGGGAUGAGGAGGAGAGUCGGAUUAUAGGUGGGCAGGAGGCCUGGGCACAUUCGUGGCCUUGGCAAGUGUCCCUGCUGUACUCCGACCUGCCGGCCUGCGGGGGGGCCGUCCUCGACCUGUGGUGGGUUAUCACCGCCAGCCACUGCUUCAAACGGUAUAAAAAGGCGUCAAUGUGGACCGCAGUGGUUGGAAUGCACGAUUUGGAGAAUGCGAGUGAAUCAUGUCGUCAAACUGUAAUGGUGGAAAAAAUCAUCUCCCACAAGGACUACAACCAAAAGACGAAUGAGAAUGAUAUUGCCCUUCUGAAACUACGGAGCCCGCUGCGGUUUGAUGAGUGUGUUAGACCUGUUGGCAUCUUGAGUAAUGAGUUGGGUCCUCAGGAGAACUGCACAGUCACGGGCUGGGGCGCCAUCAGAGAGAAUGGUCCUCGUGCCUCCAGACUUCAAGAGGUCAAUGUUACUGUUUUUGAUCGAGAAACAUGUAGCAAUUUUUAUGGAGGGAAAAUGUAUAAGUUUAUGAUGUGUGCCGGGAGAGAUGCUGGUGGAGUGGAUGCAUGUCAGGGCGACUCUGGCGGCCCCCUGUCGUGUUUCACCGGCGAGAGGUACAAGCUAGCCGGGGUGGUCAGCUGGGGGGUCGGAUGUGGUCGAGCCCAAAGACCAGGGGUUUACACCAUCCUGUACCACUACAAACAAUGGAUCGAUUCUUCAAUGCAGGGUAUGAACUUUCAGAUUUCAUAUCAGAAGGCUGAUCUAAAACUGCUUUUCCUCUUGUAUUAUACAGGUGAAGCCGUUUAUGUUGACUCUGCAGCAGAUUCAACUGCCCAGUGUGGUCAGUCCAAGAUGGGUCCCUGCCAGCUGCCCAGUGGCUUGGCCCAGGUGGUGUCCACUGAGGAUGGCACAUUCAAGGUGGAGAACAUAAGCGAGGCGUGCCCAAACUCCUGGCCAUGGCACGUCAGCCUGCAGAACCACGACACGCAUUACUGUAGCGGCGUCCUCGUUCACCCGCGCUGGGUGCUGGCGCCACGCCACUGCUUCGCCAAGGCUGGAGAUGUGGUGAUCUUGGGAGCUCAUGACCUCAACUUCAUGUCGGGUCAGACCGCAGCUGUGGAGAGCGUGCAGAGUUUGGCUCACGACGCCACAUUCCCACCGGUCUCCGAUCUCUCCAUGAUCCGCUUGUCUGUCCCAGCUCGAAUAGGGUCGAUGAUAUUUCCUGUGUGCUUAACGGAUGUCGAUGAUGAAAUGGUGAAUGAGGACAACUCGUCUUGUGUGACAACUGGUUGGGGGACAAGAAAAUCUACAUUGGAUCUGCAUGCUGAUAUCAUGCAUAUGGCCAGGGUUAAGCCUCUCUCUGAGAAAGCCUGCAAGACCGGCUGGGGUAACAGUUUCAGCAUGAAAUUCCUCCUGUGUACGGAUGCAGCUGCUUCUACCUCCUGCUUGGGGGACUCGGGCGCACCCCUUAUGUGUGCAAAAAAUGGUGUCUAUUACCUUGUAGGACUAACAGUGGGGGGCGGCAAGAAAUGUGAACCUCAGAAACCAGCUGUUUUUACUCGAGUGUCUGCCCAUCACUCCUGGAUACAACAUUUUAUAAAAAAUGCCUAAAACAUUUAAUAAAGCAUCUAUUUUCUGUG